CGAUCAUCACUUUCCACAAACGGAUCGUUGUUUGCUCCCGCGAAGCCUCUAACCCCCGCCCGCGCCCCAGAACAGACUGGACUGCGGCUACUACCACCCUUUCUCGCAGCAACUACAGUUUUCUGACGGCGGCUGAAGGGCGAGUGGGGAUCUUGAGAACAAACCCUGUCUAUUUGCGUGCACGAAAAGCUCCGCACGCAUAACAGCAGCAGCAGCAGCAACGAGACAGCUUAGCGGGUUAGCGAGCGACCGAGGGAGAACGUUAAUUAGCAGAGCGGGAGAGAACCAAAUGGCAGGACCAACGAAGGAGAGGGUAUUUAUCCACUAUGUGCUGGGGAAGAUGCUGAUGCUAUUUUUUCUGUGCCACCCUGGCACCCUGGCGACGUGCGACGGGCAGGCCUACCUCCGCAAUCGUUACGCGAACCGGGACCUGGUGAAGACCGAAACCGAGCUCGAGGACCACAGGCGGCACUACAAACGCCGCGACGUGAGCGAUUUCGCCAUGCGGGUCGGCGUUCCGGAGGAGAUCCUGCAGUCGAAGGCGGGCAUGGACGACAACUACACCCCCGACUGGGCCCCGACCCUCGAACAGCGCUUCCACAGCACCGUCAAAGCCUGGCUACGCAAGGGCAGCUCGACUGCCAGCCAAGACCAACCCGCCACCACCUCCGACGCCACAUAUACGAACGCUGGCACUACAACAAACACCGCUAGCACUACCACCACCACCGCUAGUACUACUACCACUACUGCCGCCGCCACCGCCGCCGCCACCGCCAAUGCCAAUGCCGAUGCCACCAUGGCCGCCGUCCGGGUGGCCACCCGCGGGAUGGCGUUCGUCCCCACGCCUCACACGCGCGGCAGGGUGACGGGCGUGCACCGCAGGAGCUCCACGAGCGGCGCGCUCGCCGCUAGGCAACGCUGGGUUUCGCCGCUUGCGGAGGUUGGCUCAUACCCACGACGCUGCUCAGAAUGCUCCGGCUGUCGCCGCCUUAGGAGCGCCCGCCGCGGCAGCGCCGGCAACCCCCAGAUGCUGCUCAGCCGGUUCCGCGGCCGCGGGUUUCCGCUCCGGAGAGGCAUCUUCGGGGGCGCCAGCGAGGCUGACGGCGGCGGCGGCAGCAGCAGCAAGGACAACAACAGCGGCGGCGUCGGCGGCGGCGAGGACCACGUCCAAGAUGAAAUCCGGGACCAGACGGUGGCUACGACGUACAACAGCGCGGAGACCUUGGAGGGACCAGAGCGACCGCUCACCGGCAACGGCGGCGGCGGCGGCGGCGGUGGUGGUAGAUUGUCCGUGUUGUCGACGUUUUUGGGAGGCGCGGCCGACGCUUACGACUCGGCUUUGGACUUCGUGGGGUGCGCCCUGGUGACCUCGCCGCUCGGAAAGCGUUACCUCUCCGGAGCAUCCGACGGUUACAACACCGUGUCGACUAUCCGCAGGACCGGGGGGGGGCCCGCGGACAUGAACACCGGCAGCGCGUACGACCUCGUGGGGUUCUCGAACAUUGACCCAUUUGAAGCCAGCGGGCGCGGCGGGGGGGGAAACCGCUUCCUUGGCUAGAAUUGUUUGUGGUUGGGGGUUAGUAACACUUGGGACAGAGGAACUUGAAGCCCUGUCUGUUGAGGGAGGUAGGAGUGAUUGGAAGUUGGGGGAGCGCAGCCCGCCUUAGGUCGUUGUAAGGGAGCGGUCUUGUUGUUCGUUGCGCGCGCUCUCCCAAGAUUGUAUAUAUUCGCGUUUGAAAAAGAGAAACAAACGGAACAAGGGUCGCGGUGAAGCAUGCGUAGAAGAAUGGAGAAAGGGGUACGUGGAGGUCAAGUGUGAUUUGAAAGAUCUUUAUUAGCUAAUGUUGGACGCCUGCUUUUGCCGGGUGGCCGGAAUAGAUAUGGUGUUGUGCGCCUUUAGGGUUCUGGUGAUCCUUACGCCAAGGUGUAUGCUUCAGGCGGAGGAGGAGGCCCAAGUGCCGUUGUGGUCAUGAUGGAGAGGAAAAAAAACACCAUGCUUCUGGUCUUUUGAGAGGAAUUCCUCGAGCAGAGCUGUCAGGGCUGGAUAAGGGGUUGACAUUGACUGGGAAAGGGUGACAAUCAACUUGUGAUCCAAUUUGGCCCGUUGUUUUGCACCUAUUAACUUGUGAACCCUACCCAUCCGUGUCUUAGUUGAUGUGCGCGUGGUCCAAAUUACGGUUGGAUGUCCCCUCCCACGAUCAUGGAAUUGUUUGAAGAAUCAAAAGCGGGGGCGAGGGACGUGUUAUUGUGCUUGAGGGGGGAGGAAGGAAGAGGAGCAGACUCCGCAUGCGUUGCUUCCGCUGACGGGGUCGCUUCCGGUGGUCGUUGUUGUUGCUGGUACGGAAGCCUGGAAAUGGUUUGGCAGGCAAGAAAAAGUGUGCGAACCAGCGAGAUUUGAAAAAUUGAGGGUUGUAUGUAUACACACCCGGCGUGCUGGGCUGGUUGGCGGUAUACUGGGGCUGUACCAAGCUCCGAACCGCGAGACCGUGAGGUCGAUGGGUCCUUCGGUUGCAACGGGUUUUGAGGGCCCCGUGUUUGGAAUAAUUCUUUAUUUGGAUGGGAGGGGGAUAUGCCUGGUUUGAGAGAGAGAGAAAAGGUACGAUCAGAAAGCUGGUGCAGGUCUCCGAGCUCGGUCGUGUCUGUACAGGUAGAACGGGAGUCAGCAGAUGUUGCUGUUCCCGGAGGAGAGACAACAAACUCGAGGGUAUUCUAGUUCUUGAUGUUGCUGAAUGAUAGACGUAGUUUGUAGGCCUUUCGUGCGUGGUCCGAGAUACGACGAACGCAGGGAGCAUUCGUGCAUGCUUUGCGGCGUGUGUUUGUACUUGCAGGGGCAGCAUGACCAAAAAAGAGUGUAGCAGGCAAAGGACUGCUGAUUGCUGCAUCAAGCAAAAAGUCCUUCGUCACCUUGGAGGUUUCAUUCUAUAUUGAUUCAUUUGUACCGCAAACGAUUUAGAGGAGGGGAUGGUUUCUAUAGAGGAGUCGAGGGUGAAUAAAGGGGGGGCGCGGUCUGGCGGACAAGCACCACAUGGAACCGAUUAAGCGCGUCAUAGUGAAAAUUGGCGCCGCCGUGAAGAGCAACGUAGUGUGCUCAGCGAGACGAGCUUAGGGUGGGCUUAGAUGCCGAGCAUUCGUAGGUGGUUUGUGAGAAGCAAGUGCGUUUUGGAGACCACAUGGUGAUCGACGCGAAAGAGUGCCGGGGUAGGAGGGAAAAAAUCGCCAGUCUUCUCUGCGUAGUACCGUAAAAUGUGUAUCAUCCUGUGUCGUUGUUGUUGAGUGUGCUAUUAUAUAAUACUAUGAGAUGCGUGUGCUUGAAGUUCACGUCGAGGGACUAUUACCGCGCCUCGACUGGGAGCAGGCGAGGGCCGAUGGCCUAAUAGGCCAGCUGUACUGCUCUCAUGUGUCCGUAUGUUGUGACGUUUUUUGCACUACUAAAGAAGGAGGGAGACGGGGUUGUUUCGCAUGUAUGCGUUUUGGUACAAUCUCGUGUCGGAGUUACGGUCAGUCACUCGUAGUUCCUCUGGAUAAAACGAGGUAUGAUAGGACUCGAGCCGAGGAAAAACACCGAAGCAAUCGAACAGCAUGUACUCCCAAGUCACACCUUCGUGCAAAAUGGGAAUGUGCCAUCAGACUUACGAAGGACACGUCGAGCAUCUCGUUCUUGUCGCACCGAACUAUUUUCUAGUUCCUUGUGCGACAUUGUUCGGGCGGGACACGUUCAACAUCACUAAUUUAGCAUGUAAAUGGAGAGCGAAGCAUGACAUCGAGAGCGAGAACCAAAAAAAAUUAAAAUCGGGUCC